CUAGGCAAGACUUUCUUGCUAUUUAGGAUAUAUAGAUUUAUCCUUAUGUGAACGAAUUUUGCACCGACGAACUUGACAUUUUACCUCUGUUAGUCUGAGAAAAAAAAAUGAAUGGUCCUAAUUUCAAAAGUCCCAGCCCAAACCUUCUUCCUUUUUGUUAUAUACUUUUCUUUUCCACCUCCCAAAACUAACCAAUUGGCAUUCACUGUUACUACUUUGCUCAUGCUAGUAGUUAUGAGUAGUGGGGACACACUGUUGCACAAAGUAUUACAAUGCCCCACAUGCACUACUUUCAACUGCUAAUAAAAUGCUUUAUCCUCUCUUCAUUGGCAUUCUAAAACUACAGGCCACAAUUCUGAAAGACCAAAAAUAGAUAUGAAGAAGCAUUUAGCAUACACACUUUUUCUGAUUUUCUUGGUGCAGAAAGUAUGUUAUUUUGUCCAAGUUGAAGCAGGAGAUGGGUUCAUUAGGACUAGAGGAAUACAUUUCAUGUUGAAUGGUAACCCUUUUUAUGCUAAUGGCUUUAAUGCCUAUUGGCUAAUGUAUAUUGCUGCUGAUCCAUCUCAAAGAUCUAAAGUUACUGAUGCAUUUAGAGAAGCUUCGAGUCAUGGCCUAACUGUUGCUAGAACUUGGGCUUUUAGUGAUGGUGGAUACAGGCCACUACAAUAUGCCCCUGGCUCUUACAAUGAAGAUAUGUUUAAGGGGUUGGAUUUUGUGAUAUCUGAAGCAAGAAGGUAUGGGAUUAAAGUUGUAUUAAGCUUUGCAAAUAACUAUGAGAGCUUUGGUGGAAAGAAACAGUAUGUGAAUUGGGCUAGAAGUCAUGGGCAGUACCUCAAUUCAGAUGAUGAUUUCUUCAGAAACUCUGUUGUUAAGGGCUAUUACAAGAAUCAUAUUAGGACUGUACUUAACAGGUACAACAAAUUUACUGGAGUUAUUUACAAGAAUGACCCCACAAUCAUGGCAUGGGAGCUUAUGAAUGAGCCAAGAUGCACAUCAGAUCCUUCAGGAAGAACCAUUCAGGCCUGGGCAACAGAGAUGGCCUCUUAUGUUAAAUCUAUCGACAGAAACCAUUUGUUAGAAGUUGGCUUAGAAGGAUUCUACGGACAAUCAACUCCUCAAAGGAGGUCUCUGAAUCCUGGUUUUGACAUAGGAACUGACUUCAUCGCCAACAACCGCAUCCCUGGCAUUGAUUUUGCCACUGUUCAUGCCUAUCCUGAUCAAUGGAUAACAAACUCAAAUGACCAAGCACAGCUAUCAUUUCUGAACAAGUGGCUAGACUCCCACAUUCAAGAUGCUCAAUAUAUUCUCAGAAAGCCAUUGCUGAUCACAGAGUUUGGAAAAUCUUCAAAAGAUUCAGGUUUCAGCUCCUACCAAAGGGACCUUCUUUACAACACAGUUUACUACAAGAUAUAUUCAUCAGCCAAGCGCGGGGGAGCAGCAGCAGGGGGACUCUUCUGGCAACUUUUAAGUGAAGGAAUGAACUCAUUUGGAGAUGGAUAUGAGAUAAUCUUAGGCCAGAACUCUUCAACUGCGAAUUUGAUUGCUCAACAAUGUCAUAAGUUGGACCAGAUUCGAAGAAUAUUUGUAAGAAUGAGAAAUAUACAGAGGUGGAAGAGAGCAAAAGCUGCUAGAAGGGGUGUUUGGACAGACAGGAACAAAGGAAGGCGAAUCGGAAACUGAUGAUAAGAUGAUUUCAGUUUGAAGCUAUAACUUACGAUAUCAAAUUAAGUAGUAUGUGUGACAGAAAAAAAAUGUCCUAAAGGAUUUUGUAUGACAUAGUGUUUGCAAUAGCCCCUCUUAGAGAUGAUUAUGUUUCAUCCAGGUGGGUUAAUAGAGUACUUAGAAGUUGUGUGGUUUUCUGGAAUAGUACUUGACUACUUGUCUUGUUACUUACAUGUUUCUAGUUUUCCAAUUAUAUAUCCAGUCAGUAAUGAAAGGGAAAUGAAAUGAAAGAUAUCUAGAUUUUCGUUGUGUUUA